AUGGAGACAAGUCGGCCCACUGCAGCGGAGCCGUCCGCAGAGACGUCGUCUGCGCUUCCGCCCACCGAGCCGCUCACGCAGCUGCUUGGGGAUCCCCCUCAGGCUGCGUCGGUCGAAGACAGCGGGCCCGGCUGGUUGCGAAAACUUGUGUUGGCGCUCCGGCAGCAGCGAGCAAAGGGCCAUGCGAUCGUCGUGGCUCAGGACGUAAACGGGGAAGGGGCAAAGCGCUGGGGCAGUUUCAAGGACGUCGCAGCCCUGGCGGCGUUUCGAAGGUCGCUUGGGGGACCGGCUCACCUGUACGAAGUCAUUCAGGACGACGCCUGCUGGCGCGUCUACUUUGACCUGGACUUCUCGGUCGCCACCAAGGAUUCCAACGACUUUGAGCGGCGCCUGGCAGCAUUUCACUCCGUCCGAGACCGGUUCCUGACCUCGGUGCUCAAUGUCCCCGAGAGUGCGCUCCGAUAUCAAGCGUGCGAGGCGCACGGGCCGGCGCGGCCCCCGAAGCAGGGCUUUAAGUUCAGCGUGCACGAGGUGCCGGAGGGGUUUCACCUGAGGGGAUCGGACGCCAGGAGGGCGUUCGGGAAGGCCCUUGGGUCCUUCUUGGAGAAUCCCCCAGACGAUCUGAAAGCGAGUGUCGAGCUCAUGCGGAAAGAGGGCGGGUCCGACUAUCUGUGGGACGGAUCAGUCUACGGGCGGCGCCGCUGCUUCCGGCUGCUAAGGUCGUCCAAGUUUGGGGAUAAUUUCCGUCCCCUCGUCCCAUCGGAGGGCAGCUCCGAGGCGAUCGUGGACCACCUGGUCUGCCUAUACUCAGAAGCGGAAGUGGCUGGUUCCACCGAGGUCAGAGCCGCCCUCCUCGGGGAGUGGGCGAUCGCGAGGCUCGCCCCCGCUGCCCGGCCCCGCGUGGGGUCCUUCCGACAGAGGGCGCUCACCCUCGAAGAGACGAGGACCUCACAGGGCCCCGGCGCCGAGGACCUUUCGGAGCAGGAGCGGGCCAUUCUCCUCGCCCGCUACCAGGAGGACCACGCAGGGGCCGAAAUUAGCCGGGUGGUCCAGGAGCGGCCGGGAGUCUUCUUCGUUCACUUCCAGGCGCCGGAGCCCACGUGCUGCAUUGCGGGAAGGCGCCACACAUCACCAGGCAACCAGAAUCCGUACCUCAUCUACAAACGAGACGAGCCGCGCAUCGCACGCUAUCAGUGCUUUGCAAACAGCUGCAGGGGCGAGUGCCGGAUGCUGCCCCUGGACAUGCUCACCACCCUCGGCUGGACGGAAGACUACGAGGAGGACCUGGGGAUGCGACCCUACCCCGUCUUUGAGAUCGAGCACGUCCGCAAGCGGACAAUGCUUAUUUCCGCCAAGAAGGGGGUGGGGAAGUCAAAAGCGUUCAUGGAUUGGGAGGUGGCCAUGGUCGGGAGGAACCCCGGGCCCUCUUUCCUCCUGAUCGGAGCUAACAUCUCGCUUUCUCAAAAGUAUCACCAGGACUUAGUCGACGCGGGCGUGAGGGACGUCGUGCUCUACCAAGAGGCGCCUCCGGGGCCUAUCAACAACCCCCGUGUCGUCUGCUGCAUCAACUCUAUCCAUCGCGUGCAAUUCAAGAUGGACAUCGUGGGGAUGGACGAGAUGGACAUGGUGCUCACCAACCUCAACUCCGAGGUCAUGUCCCAACGGGGCAGGGUGCUGUCCUGCCUCGAGGCAUUCGUCGCGGGCGCGAAGGUCGUCAUCGGCAUGGACGCCAACAUCGACUGCGCGCGGGUCAUGGAAUACCUCUUCAUGGCGCGCCCGGAUGCGGUCCUCCAGACCAUCCGAAACAGAGGCUUGUAUCCAGCGGCGAGGCGCGCGACCAUCCGGGUCUUCUCGCAAGCGAGCGGUUCGCUCGAGUGCAUCGGCACCGCCGUGCAGGAUGUGUUGGACCGUGUCGCCCGAGGCACGAAAGUUGUUUGCCCUUCGACCUCCAAGCGCUUUGUGAAACACCUCGAACAUCAUUUCAACCGCGAGUACCCGCCCGCCAAGUCCCACAAGCGCGGCAUCUUUCUUCACGCCGACAAGAGGUCGAAGGCCGAUGAGGACUUCUUCCAGAAGGCAAUGGCCGAGCCCGACACCUUCUUGGAGGCGGACUGUGUGGCCUUCUCCCCAAAACUCGGCCCCGGCGUUUCAAAAGAGAAGCCGUACGCCGAGGAGACGGUCGCUUUCGCUCUUAACAGCCUCAAUGGGUCUGACGUUGAGACGCUCCUCCAGCAGCACGCUCGCUUCCGGACGGUCACGAAUUCCACCAUCUACUACAAACAGGUGGUCUCGUCAGCAGUGGAUCUGCCGCGCUCUACCGAGGCGGUCUUCCAGGCCAUCGAGCGGGACGACAGGCAGAUUGUCAGGAUGCUCGGUGACGCCUCAGGCUUCCACUUCCUGAGGGGUUCGCGUGGCAUCUGUGACCGAUCCUCAGCGAGCUGCGUCUUAUACGCAAACAACAUCCUCGCAAAGGUGGAAAGCUAUCUAGAGUUCGUGCCGAAGCUGAAGGCCGACCUAGAGAAGCAGGGCUACGAGGUGACGGUUGAGCACAUCGAACCAAGGGGCAACCUCGAGCGUCCGCCUCCAGAGGUACCUCUCGGCUUCGACCCAGACCCGGAGCUUCUGGAUGACGAAGACUGGCGAGCCAGGUACAUCAUCAACUCGGACCUGUACGGGCGUUUGUGCGAGAGGCCGGAGGAGCUGAGUCCGAGGGAGCAGCUCCAAGAGUACCUGUUCGAGAUGGUGACGAAGACGAAAGAGGCUCACGCAAACUACCUCAGAUUUCGUGAGCACCGCUUCGCCACCCUCGCCGGCGAUCUGGACAGAGCGCUGGGCCAAGUCAAUGAGUCGGGCGUGGUCCAGGAGUACGUCAAGGUCGUCCGCGACCCCCUCAACCGCGUGCCGUUUGCGGUCCGCAUCCUUGCCUUCCUAGUCGGCUGCGAAGAGGAGCAGCUGGACCAUGGAGCGGAGCUGUGGGAGGUCUCGGAGGAGCGCGUGCAGGCCGCCUAUGCGAGGUUCAUCGGAUUCAGCAAAGAGCAGCUGCAGACCAUCUUCAACCUGUACGGCUUUGUGCAGCAGAUCUCCAGGCGCUCGAAAACGGCCGAAACAGGGAAGAAUGAGAGAAAGGCUCAGAAGCGCAAUGCAGUGGGGAAAGUUCUCAGAGCGGGCCUCGGAGUUGAGCUCCAGCUGGCAAAAAAGAGCAACAACAAAUUCAUCUCUCCCCACCUCUUGACGCCUGCAAUCUAUAGGGGCUUGCAUGAGCGAUACGGUUCAUACGAUCCGGGAGUAGGGGCUGCAGAGGAGUGCAUAAUUAGGUUGUAA